UCUCAAUUGGCAGCUUUGCUUCCUAUUUCUCUGAGAAAAUAGAAGCCAUCGAAAGAGAACAACUGUCACACCCAUCCUCACCUCUGUCUCCACCUACCCGCACCUGGGCUCCUGGGCUCUGCCUUCUCUCCUGACUGGGUCGGCUUCACCCCAGCUCUGAGACUUCCAGCUCAACGAUGGCCCCAGACCCCUGGGAGGGCUGCUUCUGGUCAUGGGGGCUUCUUCUGUGGCUCAGUGUUGGAAGUACAGGAGAUGCACCUCCUACCCCACAGACAAAGUGCACUGACUUCCAGAAUGCUAAUCUUCUCCAAGGCACCAAUCUCAAAGCCCACUUUCUCCUCUUCACCCCUUCUGAUCCUCUCUGUGGGCAACUCGUGGAAGAAAGUAGUGACAUCCGGAACUUGGGGUUCAAUGUCACUCUAGGAACCAAGCUAGUUAUCCAUGGAUUCAGGUGGGAGCCAACCAACCAAACUGAAACCUUCGUUGUGUUCUUUUUGCCCUGUUCAGGCUACAGUUAUCUGAUCUGUGAUCACAUGAGGGCUGUGCACAUCUACAUCAGCGCCCUGGAGAAUUCCUGUCCAUUGAUGGCCUUUCCUUGUACCAGCUACAAGGUCUUCCUUGCUGGACACUGUCUGGAUUGUUUCAACCCUUUUCUGCUUUCCUGUCCAAGGAUCGGGCUGGUGGAACAAGGUGGUGUUAAGAUAGAGCCACUUCCCAAGGAAGUGAAGGUCUACCUCCUGACCACUUCCACGGCUCCAUAUUGCGUGCAUCACAGCCUUGUGGAGUUUUACUUGCUGAAGCUGAGAAACCAGGACACCUGCAUCACGGUCACCUUCCUUAGCAGCAGUGUCACCUCCUCGGUCACGAUCACCAUACCUAGACAGCAACGCCACGGGAAAGGAAUCAUAGCUCACCCCAGCCCUCAGUGCCAGAUAAACCAGGUGAAACUCAAGUUUCAGCCUUCCAACCGAGUUUGGAAAAAAGACCGGACUAUCGUUAUCGGGAUGUUCUGCACUGCUCCUUUGCCCGUCCAUGACAAUAGAAGGACCGUCUGCUUACCUGAGCCAGUGAACUUACAAGCAAGUGAGACUGUUUCUCAUGACCUGAAAAUAACCUGUAUAUAGUUAUAUAAGGGCAGGAUACAUCUCCCUGGAUUGGGGGCGGUGGUUCAACUUAUUCUAAGCCAUUACUACUAAGAAAGAACACAGAAGUCUUGGUUAGUUUCCCCAUAAUUAGCUACCUUAGAGAGGAGAGAGAGCUCAUUUUACAGAGCUUUAUCUCCGUUGUGAAUUUAAAGAAGCUUACAGAGACACCAUUUCAACUUUCCUAUUCAUACUUAACUGCAAUUGCCCCAUAUCCUUGGACAUCUGUACCUAGGAUUCAACAGAAACAUAUACAAGAAAAAGGCUGUGUUUUUUUUUUCAAAUAAAACUCCAUGGAAUAUC